UUGGGGACGCCUGCAGGAGGGCCUGGGGGGACCCGUGGGCACUAAGGGGGCCGGUAGGGGACAGGUGGCAGAGAGGGGGGUCGACGAGGAUGGACGGGACAGCGGGAAUGUUGUACUCCGUCAGCAGCCAAGCGACACAGUAGUCAUAGUGUCUGGCUUACAAUCUGAAGGUUGCAAUUUCAGAUCUUGAAUGGGGGUUGACGCAGCCAGCCAUUUCUUUGGGGUUUAUACUGCCACAUAAGUUUUCGCGGUUGUGCUGCACUGCUCACCGAUCGAUGUGUUUUUGGUUUGUACCACUUGUUGUUCAAUUUGAUGUUCCGCUCAACGUACUGGGAGAUUCUUCGGUUCCUGACCAUGCUUCACUAAUUCUUCCGCUCCUGAAGAAGCUCCCAGUACGUGGAGCGAAACGCCGAACAUCGUGCGGAGCUUCACACACGUGGUGCAACCCGAAAUCGUUGCGCAAUGAGAGAAUACCAAAUUGCAUUUGCAGGCAAUACGAUAAAUUACAGAGCCGUCAAAAGGCACGUGUAAACAAUCAUUUAAAGUUAAAAGUAAAGUUCAGCCAUCCAAUUUCUUGCUCACGCUAUUGCUGGGCAGACGGGCCUUCAUUCGAGAGAGCCCCUAUAGAGUGCGUUUGCUCCGUUUUCUUCCACGAUAGCUUGAUGUCUUGAAAGAGGUCCCGCACUUUACCAUACAACAUGAAACCUGCCGAUCGAACAACUGUGGGUGAAAUCAUUUACGCUGCUAGAGGUGAUAGAGGCAGUAGUGGAGGGGGGGUGGGGGGUGGAACUUGCUUCAUUGUUUCAACUUGCCCACACACCAGGAGAUCGAUUCAAACCGGCGACAGCUGGAUCGCAAGUGCAGUGUGAUAACCAUUCAUGACACCACCGUGGUAACAUCCUCGCCAUAGAAGCGCGCACGUUAUAUACGUCGAUCUGCAGGAAUGCGUGCGUGCGUGCGUGUACGCUGCUCCAUCGUGUCCGCUCACCGCCAUCCGCGAUGGUGCUCUUCGCAGCAAGUGGACGAGGUCUGGAAGGAGAGCCGCUGGAUCAUGAACGUCCUGCAGCACGCGCGCUACAAGCAGCCGCCCAGCGGUGUCCCUAUCCGCUGGCUCAUCAGCACAUCGGAGGAGGUGCUCAUCCCAAAGCCCAACUCGACGUCGUCCAACAUGGAAUACUUGCCCUCGCCAUCGCCCUCCCCGGAUCUGCUGCGCCGCACCACCUACAACGACCUGCAGGGCACGUCGGACGAGGACGGCCUGUCCGAGGUCUUCCUCCCCACGGACAGCGACUACGAGUCGAGCUGCGCCCAGAGCCCCAAGGAGCUCGACCUGCUCUACACGGCCCCGGCGGCCCACGCGUCCACGCCAGACCGCGGCGGCGCGGCACGGCGCGGCGACGACCUCGACGACGCCGCGCCCGACGUCCUCCAGGCGCACGACGUUCGGCGGGCCGACGCCGCCGCCGCCGCCGCCGCCGCCGAGGGCGGCUCGCGGGCCCGCGACCUGGAGGCGCUGUUCGGCUGCAUGAACCUCGACGGCCCCGAAGCGGCGGCCGACGCGGACGCGGUCCGGGGCCGCCGCUGCCCGCGUCAACGCGGCGCCGCGGGAGACGGGCCGCAGGCCGCCUUCGGGGGCCCGUGCUACCUGGAGCAGGAGGCGGAGUGGAGGAGCGUCGUGUUCGCGCAGAGCCGCGCGGAGGACGCGGAGCUCAUCGCCGCCUUCCACGCGGCUCGGGAAAACAAGCGGGCAAUGCGGGCGGACUGCGUCGACGCUCCGGAGGACGAGAGGGCGGAGGGUGGCAGGACGUCGGUGCCGUUCGCCUCGGCGGGGGAGGCGCGCGGCGGCGACACCGAGUGGCUAGGGGAAGGAGAGGCCUGCCACGCGGAGACAGCGGAGGGGAUGGAAUACUUCCCACGGUCCGAGGCGGCUGUCCUGCAAAGGGUCUCCUUCCGGCUUCCCUCUGAAUUCACCGUCGAAGACUCCGUCGAGAUACCCGUGACGAGCACGUGCACUGCCAAGGACAUCGUGCGGCGAGCGCUGCAAAAGCUUGAGGAGCUCGCGAGCAGGGAGGCCCAGGAGCCUCUGCCGCCAGGCUUCCUGGAGGAGCACGUGGAGCACUUUAGCCUCGUGGCAACGACGGGCGCCGAGGAAGUGUGGCUGCAGGAGCACUGCUGCCCUCUCUCCCUGGCUCACCCGUGGGACUCGGCUACCCUGUGUGUCAGCAUCAAGCCAGACUCGCCCCUCUCAUAUCUGGAGGAAAUCACCACGAAAGUUUGAUGGUGUUUUUUUUUUUUUAAAAGCACACAGUGGGCCGGCCCAGUCUCGGCUGUGAUUGGUGUGUUUUCGGUCAUAAAACAAAUAUCUAACGAUAAAAAAAAUGAAAAACAUGUUAUAUAUAAAUAAAUGCGUUAAGACACAAAUCAUGAAAUAAGCCUCAUGCAUGUACUUAUUAUUUAUCGCGAUGUUUAAAAGUGAAGGAAAUUAUUUAUUUUGAUUGACUACCUACCUACACAAUGCAAGCUUGUUUUUUAAUCCCCCACAACGAUUGUAUUUGUGUUUGCUUAGCACCACUAGGAACAAAACAUAUACCCGUGGUCACAUAUUGUUUUUCUUUUCUUUGGUAAGAAUGAUCCCCAAAAUGGCCCGUAAAAAAGAAAUAUAUAUAGGAUUUAUAUUUGUAUUUAUUGUUGAGCAGGUUGAUUGAAACUUGUAAUGUUUGGAGCAUUUGUACGAAUUAUUAUAAUUACAACCGGCAGCUUCGUGCGAUAUAAUAUGAAGGAGACAUAAGCUUUUUGAUUUAUCAAACGGAUAUAGUUUUUUGUGUGAAUAUUUAACAAAUAUAUUUAUUUAAAAUGCAUACGGUUUUAAUUUAACGUAUUGAGUCUCUGGCAAGGCUGUAUCAUGUAACAAAUGUAAUUUAUCAGGGCAAUCCUCAUUUUGUGAGUAUAAAGCAACUCACAUAUGAGAGUAAGAUUUUAUUUAGUGGAUAUUCCUUGGCUAUAAAACACAUUGUUUUGCAAGGCAAAUCCAUUCUGUGUGUAUCUUCCCAACAGUUUUAAUUUAUGAAAUUCGUGUUUUCCCGAAUAUUCUUCAUCGCAAACUCUGCCCGGGCUAAUGGGGACCUUUACUGUCCUGGUGCGAUUACGCUGAUGUGUAUCACAGGAUCUCCAAAUCCACAUUACCAAAAACAAUCAACAAUAUACAUGUGACUAAGGCUAUUAGCCCACAACCAGCGUUCAUUUUGUCCAUGAGAUUUGUGAUUAAUAUUUGCCAAUGAGGGCAAGGAGUGGAUGAAACCCAUUCGGUGUGACAAUGGCUACAACUUCCCAACAAAGACUUAAGUGUGACCGACCGUGAUGAGACAUAGUUGACGAAAUUCUGACUCAAUCAACAUUUAACAACGUACGAGCGGGGACGACAUUUUUCACUGCUUUCGUCCACGCGACCAAGAGCCGCGUGACUCCAAAUGAGAUCCACAACAAUGAGACUCGACUAAAAUCCGACAGGUUGCCAUCAACUCAAACUUCAGACGAUGACGCAGAUUAAAACGACGACUAAAAUCAACGUCGCCCCCCCCCCCCAUGCAUGCGAGCCGAGAAGGACGGCGGCACUCGAGCGGAGGCCGUGGCACGGACGCUCGCUCGCUCGCUCGCGCGGCCGCGCCACCGUCGAUUUCUGCUUUUACGGGGCAGCUGAGGUUUCCUGGAAGUUAGCCGUGAAAACCACCAGAUGCUUGCGGUCACGAUGUGCCGGAUCGGCUUUCACGAGGGACGCGGGCGCGUACGCAGAGGCCCUAAUGAGAGCGGCGCGCACAGCAGCGGCAGUGGCAGCGGCAGCUUGCCAUUUGGGCCUCUUUGCCGCUCGUCUGGACGUGGUGGCCGCCGGCAGCAGAGAGAGGCAGCAACAGGUGCGAAGUGCGCACUGCAGCAGCAGCAGCAGGGCAGUCACACGAUCCGUCCCUGUGGCCAGAUGCUGGCCCCUUAGUAACCCGCUCCUUCCUGUGUCACCAGGAGGGGCACGGGGGGGGGCGGGGGGUCGGGAGGGGGAAAACGAAUUUUCGUAAUGAAUGCAACGCUUUGUCGUAUGCACCACUGCUGUAUGUCUCCAAAUAUUUGGAUUAUCUCAAAAUGUUUCCGAUGGCCUUUGCUUGCAGCUGACGACAAUAAAUAGCUGCACGACGGUCACCCAGUGCAAGUGCUCAAGGCAGUUGAAGGUGUUCUGAGUUUUCGGCAAGAGUAUGUGAGAACACACCAUUGUUUUUUUGUCAUUCCGCUGCUGGAUGA